AUGAAGGACUACUCCAAAGAGCUCGAGAUUGCUUGCUUAGCGGUUCAGCGGGCGAGCCUUUUAACCAAGAAACUCCUCGAGGCAGUUGACAAGGGCCACUUCGAUAAAAUAGAUGCGACGCCAGUGACUAUAGCAGACUUUGGAGCUCAAUCGCUUCUCAUCGCUGCCGUCCACCAUUUGUUUCCCGAGGAUGAUAUUGUCGGGGAGGAAGAUUCGAAAGCCCUUCGGGCGGAGCCUGACCUGCUCGCACGAACCUGGGAUUUAGUCUCCUCGACUCGCCUGGACGAUGAAUAUAGCGAAGCGCUGCUUUACGCGCCCUCCUCGAAAGAAGAAAUGCUCCGAUUGAUCGAUCUGGGUGCCCAGGGAAGCUGCAAGCCACGAGGCCGGACCUGGGUACUUGACCCCGUGGAUGGUACGGCGACGUUUAUCGAGGGACGGCAGUACGCUGUUUGCCUCGGACUCGUGGAAGACGGACAGCAGAAGGUCGGUGUUACUGGAUGUCCAAACCUCAAUCUCGAGUCAGGCCAAGUUCAUGAAGAUAUCGUUGAUCGGACGGGCUACGGAUAUCAAGUCUAUGCUGUCGCGGGGCAAGGAGCGUGGAUGCGACAGAUGGGCACAGGCGCUCUUUUGCCUGCACGCAAGAUCGAACCCAAAGCACAAAUCACAAAACCCGAGGAUAUCCGACUGGUCGACUGUCUGUCUGCGAAUUCGUCAAACUAUGAGGUGCAUCAGCGCCUGAUGGAGAGUUUGGGCGCACCCUGGCCGCCGAGGACGGACCUUUGGUCAGCACAGCUACGGUACAUCGCUAUCGCGGUAGGGGGCUGCAAUGUGCUCAUCAAGAUCCCGCGCAAGGCCUCAUAUCGCUCCAUGAUAUGGGACCAUAUCGGUGGAAUGUUAAUCGCCUCCGAGCUUGGCUGUAUAGUGAGCGAUCUGAAUGGAAACCCCGUCGACUGCAGUCUCGGCAGAACGCUCUCAGGCUGCUACGGGAUGAUUGUUGCUCCUGCGUCCUUACAUCCAGUACUGGUCGACGCUGUGAAACAACUGCAGUGA